GGGAAAAUUAUCAAUGAUAGAUUCACAUCUCAACUUUAUAGACCAUUACAUGUAGUUACAUAUUUUUUGAAUCCUCAUCUUCGUUUUGAUCCAAAUCCUAAAAACAAUUACAAGGUUGAUAUAGAGGUUAAAAAGGGUUUAUAUGAUUGCUUGGAAAGGAUGGUGUUGAAUCAAGAUAAAAGGAAUAGAAUUGAUUCUCAAAUUGAUCUUUUCAAGGCUCGUAAGGGAACACUUGGGAGGACUUAAGCAAGAAAUAUGUGGAAUAAGAUAUUUUUAGCUAAUUGGUGGGAUUCUUAUAAAGAUAAUUGUCUUGAAUUGCAACAUUUUGCAAUUCAAAUUCUUAGUUUCACUUGCAGUUUAUCCGACUAGAAACGUAAAUGGAGUGGUUUUGAGAUGAUAAAAUUUCAUUAUCCUUUAAAUUUAGUCUAAUUAAUACUUAGUUUUUUAUAUUGUCAUAUAUUGAUUUUUCUUAAUAUUUUAUAACAAAUGAAUUGUUGUAGGUUCAAACAAAAAGGAGAAAUUGUCUACAUAAAAAAAAAAAAAAAGGGAAUGAUUUGGCAUUUGUCAUGUACAACUUGAAAUUGAAAGACAAACAAGUGAGGAAAGAUGACAAAGAAGAUGAAUUGGAGAAGCAUGAUUCAUUGGAGAGCACUUUUGUUGAUGAUGAGGAUGAUGAGGAAAAUCAAGAUGUAGAAGCUAAAGAAAACAAUGACAUGGAGGAUGCUUUUUGAGUUGUUAUUUUGAUGGUUUUUUACUAUAUGCAAUUAUUGUUUAGCUUUUAAAUUAUAUUAUGAACUAUUAAGUAUUAAGUUUGUUCAGAUAAAGAGUGUAGGCAAAUAAAAUAGUGUAUCAACAUGUAUAUUUUUAGAACACUACUGACCAAGUUGUUUAAUGCUUCUCCAAGGGUCAUAUUUGAUGGGUAUGAAAUGGUUCCAGAAAGAGAAGAGAAGGCUUUGAUGAAGGCUAUUGCAAAUUAGCCUAUGGCUAUUGCUAUUGAUUCUAGUUGCAAGGAAUUCCUAUUCUAAUCUAAGGAGUCCUUAUUGAAAGCUGUGGCACAAACCUAGACCAUGGGGUGGCAAUUGUGGGAUAUGGACAAACCUAGGAUGGAACCAAGUACUAAAUUGUGAAGAACUCA